AAUGAUCAUCAAGAUGUAACAAAUGAUCAUCAAGAUGUAACAAAUGAACAACAAUCAUCUUCUGAAUCAAUUAAUCAAUCAUUAGAUCAAUCAUCACCUUGUAUUGGUCAAACGAUAAAAACUAAUAUUCCACAUCCAACAGAUUCAACAAAAUAUAUAUCAUGUUUAAAUGAAAAUAAAUAUGAAAUAAUGGAUUGUCCAACAGAUUUUGUUUAUAAUGCAUUAAUUGAUCAAUGUGAAAAAAAUAAAAAUAUGGAAUCAAUUUGUGAACAACAACAACCAUGUAUGAAUGAUGGUCAAUGUUAUCAAACAAGUUCAACAACAUAUAAAUGUGUAUGUCGAGGAGCUUGGACAGGUGAACAUUGUGAAACACCAUUAUCACCAUGUGCAUCAAAUCCAUGUGGUGAAGGUAAUGAAUGUCAUACAUUAAUAACAAAUGAUUAUAAACAAGAUUAUAUCUGUAUUUGUAAUCAACAACAAUCAUAUGGUUUAACUUGUGCACAAAAUACUAUACCAAAUCCAUGUAUGAGUGCUUCAAAUGAUGAAGAACAAUAUUAUCCAUUUGCAUUUAGUGUUAGUGCUUAUAUACAAUGUGAUGGUGAUUUACUUCAUGUUCGACCAUGUUCAACUGGUUUACAUUGGAAUCAAGAAAAACAAAUAUGUGAUCGAGAAGAAACAUUAUCCAUGGAUCCAAUUGAAGAUCAAUCUCAAUCAUAUCAUAUAAAUUAUAAUACACAACCAUCAGAAACAACAUUUAAUCGUCCACAUGUUAAUUUUAUUGAUCAAAUUGUUGAUAAACAACAAGGUUAUCGUUAUCGAAAUUAUGAUCCACAUACAACAUCAAAUGAUUUCAGAUAUAAUCAAAUUCAUUUACCUGAAGAAACAUCAAUGAUGUAUUCAUAUUUUCCAUCAUUAUCCAUGAUAAAAGAAAAUCGUCGUUUAAAAAAUCAACAAGGCUAUACUCCAAUUAAUAUGCAUGUUAUGGUAGAAGAUCAAAAACCAAUGUUUUCUGAUCAACAAUUUAGUCAAUCAUAUAAUCAAUUACCAAAAAAUUCAUUCAUGCAAUUAACACCACGACGAAAUAUGUAUCAUGUUUUUCAAUCAUCAUCAUAUCGUCGAUAG